UCCCCCCGGCCUCCCUCCCUCCCUCCCCUCGCAACAUGGACCCUCACCCCAACUUCUCUCCGCUGUCCCGCUGUUAGCGUCGCUCAGUCCCGGGUGGUUCGCGGUGUCCGUCUGGGUCCCGUGGCUCCUCCAGACGCCAUGUUCACCACCACCGGCUCCCGGGGCCUGUAUAUGGCUCCGCUGUCUAAAGGCCUCCUGCUGGUUCUCAAUGGGCUGACUGUGAUGCUCACCCUGCUGCCUCACUACCAGGAACUGUUUGCAUACAACAUACAGGCUGUCGUGCAGCAGCACCAGGUGUGGAGGUUGCUGUGUGGCCGGCUCGUCUGUGUCGACCUGAAGGACUCCUUUUGUAGCAGCCUGCUCAUUUACAACUUCAGAAUCUUUGAGAGGAGGUUUGGCACCAGGAAGUUUGCUUCCUUCCUGUUUGGCACGUGGUGUUUGUCUGCGCUGACGGACUUCUUGUUGGUGCAGGCUUUCCAGUUUCUAUUUGACUAUGAAGUCGAAGAACUGUCCACAGGACUGCUUGCUCCAGUCUUCUCUCUGUUUGUGCCUUUCUACCUGUCGAUCCCAAAGAUGCCCGUCACUCAGGUCCUGGGCCACAUUAGCAUCACCAACAAGACUCUGAUCUACAUAGUGGGCUUGCAGCUGUUGACAUCCAGCCCAUUCAUGUGGCUUCUUGCUCUCAGCGGACUGAUCUCAGGCGGGCUGUACUACUCCAAUAUUCUCCAGUUACAAAAUAUCCUCUUCGUGCCUGCUUGGAUGUCUCGUAUUGGACGGUAUAUUUUGGAGCCAGUCUUCUCAACCUCCCAGCCAAUCAGCGAGACGCCUCCUGGGAUGGGGGCCACUCUGGACAUCCAGAGGCAGCAGAGGAUGGACAUGCUCGACCAGCAGCUGCUGCUGGCCCAGUACAAUGAGGCCAGGAGGAGCGUCACACAGCAGCCACAGGGUGGGUUGUUGCAGUGGACCAGGUUGUUUCCCUCCUUGAGACACAGAGGACAGAACAGACCCCCAAUGCAGCCCCAGCCUCAGGCCCAGACACAGCCGUCAACCCAGCAGCCACAGUUGGACAACACGCCUGUCGCAGAGGAGCAGGUUGCACUCUUAGUGGAAAUGGGCUUUUCCAGGACUGAUGCCCUGGAGGCCCUCAGAGCUUCAAACAACGACAUCAACAUGGCAACCAACUUCCUCUUGCAGCACUGAGAGCGAGAACCAGCUCAAUGAGAAAAACAGAGGUGAAGGAGGACGGACUGAGAAAGCAGGAAGAGAAUCAACCAACGCAGAGGAGGACAAAACAGAGCAGAGAGAAAAUGUCGGACAGAAUGAAAGAGAGUGAACAAAGAAGAAAAGGAGAGAUGACAAAAUAUAUUUGUACAGAUCAUCUGCUGUGUCACUGCCUCCCUCAGGCGGUGUUUGGCUGACCCGACCUGAACUGAGCCUGACAGCAGGCCGAUUAAUGAAGAAGUGUGAAGCACAAAGUAGGAGACAUUUAUGUCAUAGCUUUCCGAUGGUCAUCAUUGUGUGAAACAGGCAUCAUUUCUCAAGGCAGAGAAGUUAGACCUCUGGCUCCGAGGGGGGAGCAUCCGUCCUCAGUCCAGUGGAGGAUAUAGAAGUGGGAGAACGGAUGCUGAGGCUAAACUGGAGUUCCACACACUGUCCACACGGAUACAAACUUAUGGCGAUGUGAAAUAGUUUUGUAUAACCCACUGUCAUGUACCGCCGUUAUACUUCCAAAAUGGCUACUGUGUAACCAGCAUCUGAGACGCCGAUAACUGGUCAGAGAGGAAACAUAUGACAGAAGAUCAUAGAUUCACAGGGUGUUUGAGUCAAUGAUCUGAUACAUCUUCCUCAUCAUGUUUUGAAGAAUUUUCAUCUUUCACUGAGACGACAGGAGUGAAAACAGACCCCUGCUAGAACAUUAUAUUCCAUCCCAUUAGGAGGUGCUGAGGUCAUGGUUACAAGUUGAUGAUUUAGGAUUAAAGAAUCCACAGCAACACAGUUGACCAUGGGUUUAUCAUUCAGUUGUUGUUUCUUUACUUUGGCAGUGUUUCAUAGCAGCAGCAGGUCUCAACCCUUUCCUGCUUUUGGACGCAUUAACAAAGCAAGUGAGUUUGACUGACAGCGACUGCAGCAGCCAGGUUUUUUCCAGAGCUCACCGGUUUGGCCCUUUUGACCUUUUAUUCUUCAAGUACACUGUGGCUGACAGACGGGGCUGUUUGGCAGGAUACGGGUUAGAUGGGCUAUCUCAGGGUCUCCCAGGUGACCUCCCCUGUUAACCACAUUCACAUUUACACACAUGGGUGCAGGCGUUCAGGAGCAGGUCACGUUUCACACCCUGGACUUUUUGUUUUUAUCAAUUCAUGCUCUCUUUCCUCUUUCAUGCAUACACACAAACUCACACACUGCUCAAGGUUUUAUUUAUUCUGUCUUAGCCGAGUCUUUUCUCUGCCUGCGCAGAAGAAGAAGACCUGAAACUUGGUCUUAAAUGUCUGAUGAUAUUUAUUAUACAAUAUCAUGAUAAGAGACGUAUAUGGAGACUGUGUGUAUACAUGUGGAAACAUUUUGUGCGAGAGAAGUAAUGCAGCCACUAUGUGUUGAUGUCAAAAAAACAGAUGCUAGUUUUAUAUUUUGUGCAUAAUAAUAUUGAUAAUAUAUGACCACUGAGAUAAUGCUGUCAUCUGUGUGUCGGUAUUUUUGAGAGUGAAAUAAUAGUUUAUGGAUGUGGUGAGGGAGUUGUUGCAUGGACAACUUUCUGAUGAAAUGUAAUGAAUUAUAUUUGGUCUGUGUAAUAAAUCAACUUGAUGACUAAUUA